AGCUUCAUUUGACAUGUAAUUGUGUUUGUGAUUGAAUGGUAUUUCUAAGCAUCAAGUUAACUAAAUUAUUAUCAACAAUUAAUAUUGUUAAAGUUAUUUAAUUUUUAUCUUUAAUUAGUUAAGGUCAAUAGUAUCUUUUUUAUUUCAAAAUGAACACUUUUCUAGCGCGUACUAAUGCUGUCUUUGCAUUUGCUUUGAGCAUAUUGGCUGCUUUAACAUUUUUUUGUGCUAUGUCAACUUCCUACAAAAAAUAUGGUGAUGUUGUACCUGUUAAAAUAUCAACAGCCCGUGAAUCUGUCCGUAAUUUGCCUAAUUAUCAAGCUGGCCGAGAAACUUGUGAUCUUGGUAUGCUAAACUUUGAUUUAGAAGCAGAUUUUACUAAAGCUUUUGAUUGGAAUACCAAGCAACUCUUUUUAUACCUAACUGCCCAUUACAAGACACCGGCCAAUGUUAUUAAUCAAGUUGUUCUCUGGGACCACAUUUUAUUGCGACAACCUGAAGCUAAAUUAAGUCUCAAGAAUCAUAAUGUGAAAUACUACUUCUGGGACGAUGGUCAUGGUCUGAAAAAUAAUCCAAAUGUCACCUUAACUCUCUCGAUGAAUGUUAUCCCUAAUGCGGGAAUGUUACCAAUAUUCACUGUACCCACUACUCAUACUUUCACUUUCCCAAAUAUUUAUACUAAUUAAUAUACUAAAUAGUUAUAAUAAAUAAUUAUACCGAUAAA